CUGGUUAAACAGGCUGGGUUCCCCGCGGGGACUGGACCCAUCACGGCACUGCCGGGAGUUGGGGGUUUGGGGUUUGGACCGUUUUACUCGACUACAUCCCCAAAAUGUGGGUUGUUCUCGGUCAAGUGCUGAGCCGAGAGGGGAUGCGUAGCCCUCCGUGCCUCUAUUAUUAAGAUCCGGCUAAGAAACAAGGGGGAUUUAGACUAUAUGAUUUGGGUGUUCUACAGUCUUGGCUUUCCUUGCCCUUAUCUCACUUCAAGAGAAAUUCGCCGCACGCCUGAGGUGGUUUGCUCUACUAUAUCCUCAAUAUGGAAUUUUCUACUCUAUCGUCUGACCGCGCUUGAAAUUGGCAUUUUGCCAAAACCCUUGCCACGAACCGGUACAUGUUCUGAAUCAUCUUCGUCUUAUGAUCUGUUUUUGAAGUCUACUCUGUAUAGUAUGGGCUGGAGUGGAGCCAACAAGCUGACAGAGCGUCCAGAAGACGGUAUUCGUGCUUCAACCUUAAAUAUCAGCGGCCCAUCGUGUAUGACUACCCGAGAUUUGAUCCGGGAUCAGUGGCCUAAUGAUAUGCUCUGCAAUGCUGCUAGGGCUCGGAUGCCACCUAGAGACUAUCUAGCGAAGCAGCCCAUAACGCUGCACCGAAGGAUAGUCUACGGAGCAAUGUUCAAAGGGGUGGCGACACGAAGGACUCCCCACAUCGAUGGCACGUAUGUCAGCCUGAGAGAAAGGCCGAUCCAGAUUUCCUGCCAUCCAGCCAUCAUGCAAUUACUUAUGCCACACCCUACUGAUGGCAUGGAUCAAGCCAACAAUGGGAAUAGUACACCGCAAAUGCAAGUUGUCCACAAACAUAACAGGACAACAAUUAGCCGGCUCCUCCCACCAAGCGUGAUUGUUUAG